UAGUUCUAAACAGAAGUGGAAAAGUAUUUAAAACAUGCUUUUAUUGUCGACCUUAUGCCCCUAUCACCGUAUCAGUAAAUCAUCACAUUAAUAAUAUUCGCCUCGCCAGUCCCCUCUCAGACACAGUCUCGGUACGUAGCUGGAGCUGCUUAUAUCAGCUGUGUAAUAAGUGGAACGAUUCACGUUAUUUUUCUGUAAUUAGUUGUGACCCGAGUGAUCCGAUGGCCUGCCCAAAUCCUAAACGAGUCUGUAUAAUUGGAAGCGGAAAUUGGGGUUCAGCUAUUGCAAAAAUUGUUGGAAGCAAUGCAGUCAAAUCAAAAAACUUCGAUGAAAAGGUUACUAUGUACGUGUAUGAAGAGAUAAUAAAUGGGAAGAAGUUAACAGAAAUUAUCAAUGAAACACACGAAAAUGUGAAAUAUUUACCUGGACAUAAACUUCCCGCAAAUGUGGUUGCUGUUCCAGACGUAGUUGAUGCUGCCAAAGACGCCGACAUUCUUAUUUUCGUAGUUCCUCAUCAGUUCAUCAGAACGAUAUGUUCAACGCUCCUGGGAAAAAUCAAGGCCACAGCCAUUGCCUUAUCACUAAUCAAGGGUUUCGACACAGCAGAAGGAGGCGGUAUCGACCUCAUCUCCCACAUCAUCACCAGGCACCUGAAAAUCCCCUGCUCGGUGCUCAUGGGCGCCAACCUGGCCAACGAAGUCGCAGACGAAAUGUUCUGCGAGACCACGAUUGGCUGCAAGGAUGCCAGUGCAGGUCCCCUGCUCAGGGAAAUCAUUCAGACCAGUUACUUCAGAGUAGUCGUCGUAGAUGACGAGGACACUGUUGAAAUAUGUGGCGCUCUUAAGAACAUUGUCGCUUGCGGCGCUGGUUUCGUAGACGGUCUCGGCCUCGGUGACAACACCAAGGCCGCCGUCAUCAGGUUGGGCCUGAUGGAAAUGGUCAAGUUCGUGGACGUGUUCUACCCCGGAGGCAAGCUGUCCACCUUCUUCGAGAGUUGCGGUGUUGCCGAUCUCAUCACCACAUGUUACGGUGGCCGUAACCGUAAGGUGAGCGAGGCCUUCGUCAAGACGGGCAAGUCCAUCAAAGAGCUGGAGAACGAGUUGCUCAACGGGCAGAAAUUGCAGGGCCCUUUCACUGCCGAGGAGGUUAACUUUAUGUUGAGGAAUAAGGGCAUGGAAGAGAAAUUCCCCCUUUUCACCGCAAUCCACAAAAUUUGUACGGGUGUUAAGACACCGCUAGACUUCAUCGACUGCAUCAGGAACCACCCAGAGCACAUGGUUGAAGGGGCUGAUUAGUAUGGUUGCCUAGUUAAUACAUUUCUUGUAAUAAAUUUAAAAGAAAUAUAGGGUAUAAUUUAAAGUUGCAAUAUUUCACAUUAUUAAAACUACAUAAUUUUUAGAAGAUUUAGACAAAUGUUUGUAGUUUCGUUUUUUUAGCAAAAGAUCGAAAAUAAUUUUGUAAUUACUAUGAAAAAUGUUAAGUAAUGUUUUGCAAUAAUGUUCCAUUUACCUAUCUAGUGCAAUAUAAUUACUAAAUCUACUCAUUUCUGAUUGGUUGCGGGUAUGCUAAUGGUGUUGGAUUAGCAUAUAGAACUCCCUAAAAUUUUCUAUUCGUGUUUCAAUUGCCUUACAACACAGUUCACUAGUCAAAUGAUUUUUCUUAAUUGUAAUUUAUAAUAUAAAAUUUAUAUAGAUUUAAACUUUCACUUUUGAUUAAAACAAAAGUGAAAUAAGUGUGAAGUAAUUUUUGAGCAGUUACUUAUUUAUUAUUCUCAUGUUCAUAACAUUUAAUUUUUUAUUGUUAUGAUAACAGAAAGAUUAUACUGAAAAUAAAAAUUCAAUAGAAUUUUUAAGGAAUAAUUUUGAUCAAAUUGUCAUAAUUUCGUUAAAGCAAUGCACGUUUUAAGCAGCGUUGAUUUAAAUAUGAUUUAUUAAUGUUGUAAAAUAUUGUUCUUUGUGUAUGUAUGUGGGUUGUAAUUUACGGAAGAAAUUGUUAAAACAUAAAACUUUAACCUUAAUAAAUACCUGAAGAUUAUAGUA